CGUACGAAGUUCUACGUUGUUACUAUCUGACCAUAUUUCGAACUACUCUUCGUAGUCUUCAAGGUCAUCCCAAUUUAAAUUAUCCGACUGUCCAAGAUUUAACACCAUAGUGACGUCCAUAUGAAAGUUAGUGGUAUUCGAAUUAAGAAUUCCCGAAAUAGUGCAGUUCAAGGCAUUUGGAACUAAAUGAACACAAAUAAACCAAAUGUAUUCGGAAUUCAUAAUCAGCGAGCAAUCAAGUGUAAACCAAUAACGCAGAUGAUCGGUGUCGAAUAAUUGUGGGCUACUUCAAUUAUGUGGUAGUGCUGUGAACAACCAACUUAUAUCUAAGUCACACUUCGCCGUCAGUACCAAACGUAGAUUUCCUUUUCGUCGUAUCCGAAUAAUAUUGAUGCUUUGAUGACCAUACAACACAAACGACGUUAUUACGGAGAAUAAUUUUUAAGAAUAGGUAUAAGAAACAGAGGGUGAUCACCACCACAUGGGACGGUUCAUGACGUGCAAUUAAUGGGCGCGUGUUGGUUGUUCAUGACGAGUAUCGGUGAUCUGCUCAACAUUCAGUGACCCGAUUGCCGAAUGUUUUGGCAAGAAUCCAGUGACAUUUCACUUGCUCUACACGAAUACAAAGAACUCAUUACUUCAUACAAACACCAAAUUUGAUUCCUGCAUAUGGGUUUUACAUGUUGUCGAUAUCACGGUGUCACUUUAGAAAUUGUCAAGACCGAAGGACUGUAUUGCUUAGCAAGUUUUCACAUAGAUCCCGUUGAAAUACACAAUGAACAGUGAAAAUGUUUUGCAAAAUGAACUAAUUUUGGUGUGUUUAAUCUAAUUAAAUGAUAAAUCUGAUUCCUAAAGCCGACAACAGGAAGAUUUGAGUGGAGCGAUGAUAAAAAUGAACUUGCGUUCAUCAAAUUUACUAAUCAAAAACCACAAAAGUUUAUUUAUUCACAAAAGUAAAAUAUUAGAUAAAUUUUUACGGUGAUGACCAGAAAUCUUUACAAAAGGAGUCAUAUGAAAAUUGCUGAUGAAAUUCGUACGAUAACUAUGAAGGACAUAAAAUCUGUCGCUUUGACAAGACUAAAAGCUUCAGGAAAACAUUUCCAGUAUUCACAACACUUUGUUAAAAUGAUCAAAUCACCAGAAUGUGACAAACUAUUGAUAAGUUUGGCGAAAUAUUUGGAAUGUUAUUUCAAGAUAUUGAAGUUUAAAGAAACAUUUGCCGAUGAAAUAUUAUUACCCAAUAUGAGCCAGUUAAAGGAACAAGAAGAAUUAAAUGAACGAAUAGAUUCAUUAAAAUAUGAUUUCUCACUUGCGUACUCUAAAUUCCUACUACUUGAACGAAGUCUAAUACAUAAUACAUGCCCUAGACCAAUUGAUCCAGUUGCAACUGCAAAAUCAGACCAAAAUUUGUAUGAAACCUUCUUUUGGUUUUUUGUUUUUUGUAUGUGGAUAACAUUUCUACGAACAAGAUUUAAAGAAAUCUGUGCUCAAAUUGGAUGGUUUACAAGAUCGGAAAUGUUCAAUUCUCUUGGACGACAAGGAGCUUCUUAUUUCGGUCAAAAAGAAGAACUCGAUAGUAAGAAUACCAAGAUAUAUCAGACACAAUUACCCCGAGCAUCAAUGCUAAAUAAAUGCUCACCAGCCUUAAGGCUUAUAUUGCCUGGUGCAGAAGAAAAUAUAGCUAAGAUUAACCUGAACAAAACUGAAGAUAAGCAAAGAAAGUUACAUAUAACUGAGAUUAAUGCACAUGAAGAAAAUGAAAAAAUAGGUAUUCUUGGAGACUAUCGACAUUUGUAUAACGAUCAACUUAUACUAAAUAAACAAACUGCUGACAGUGGCCAAGUAAAGCCCGAAGAUGAUAACGUGUAAAUAUAAUGGUCAUAAUAAGGUUUUUACGAUUUUUACUUUAUUUCUAGGAAUAAUGAAGACCAAGAGGAAGAUGAUAAGAAAAGUGUAUAAAUCGGAGUCCAUGUAACUUAAUUGGUGGAGUUUAAAAAGGUUGAAAAUUCCUGUCGCUGGAUCUAACUACCAGUUAUUUGUCUAUAGACAAACACAGAAUUUUAGAAAUAUUAUAUAUUUGUUUUCGAAACUUUUGUGAUUUUUAUUUUUAUUGAUACCUUGAAGUAACUUUUAUAUAAGCUCUAAUUUAA